AUGGCCAGCCACCCGGACAGCCUCCUGAACAGCCUCCUUCCCCUCCCACGACUCGCCCAUCUCUCCAUCUUGGCUUCCCAAACCCUUGUGCCGACGGGUGCUGCAAGCGUGACACUGCCGUCUUGCCUGAAAUCGCUCAGCCUUUUCAGGUUUUGUCCUGAUUUUGCCACCAUGUUCCCCUCAGCAUCCACAUUCACUGGUCUAGAGGAGCUGCUGAUCAGCAACUGCAGGGAGUUGGAGAGCCUUCCUCGUGGCAUUGGCGACUUGCUGCCGUGCCUUCGCAAGCUCACCAUUCACGAGUGUCGUGAUUUCACUCACCUGCCUGAAAGCGUUGCUUCUCUGAGCCGUUUGGAAGCCGUGAUCGUGUUUAGCCCUAGCAGCAGAUUCACCUUGCCCAGCGACUUUGGUCACUUGACUGCCCUCAAGCUGCUGGUGCUGGAGGGUUUGCGUUUCACCGAACUCCCUCCUUCCUUCUGUCGUCUCACGUCUCUGGAGGCCCUUUUUCUCUCUCGCUGCUACUCCCUUGAGCACCUGCCAGCAGAUUUCUGCCGCCUCACCACUAUUAAGACACUUGUUAUCUCGAAAUCGUGUGAUCUUUUCUUGCCAUGGGACGUUGGGGCCCUUGAGAAUCUGAGGGUUCUCAGGCUGGAUCCGCUCGCGGGGCUUAUGAGGCUGGAGCUGACGGAUUGUGAGCGGCUGCGGGAGCCCCCUGCUGGUCUGCCCCCCUCGCUUGAGACCCUCUGCUUGGGGCCCUUCAGGAGGGCUGCUUCUCAUUGUGUCGACAUCUCUGGACUGUCGCAGCUGAGGGUGCUGAAGCUCAACUGCGUUGCAGUGGUGACAUACGGGCCUGCAGGGAGCAGCGGGUUGUCGUGUCUGCAGCAGCUGGAGCAGCUGGAGAUGCGGUUGGGGGAUGACAGCCGGGAGCUCCCACUUCCCCUGACUCUCAUUUGCCUCCCUCGCCUGCGCUGCUUGCUCAUACAGGCGCCGGGAAUCUGCAGCCUCCCAGAAAACAUGGCGGCAGCAUUGCCGCAGCUACAACAGCUGGAGCUGCUUUCCUGGUCACCGGAGGAGCUGCCAGGAAGCAUACUGGCACUGCACUCGCUGACGUCCCUCACCGUUGAAGCAUCUCAGCUGGUGGCGCUACCUCAAGGCAUGAGCUGCUUGUCUCGGCUGCGCAAGCUGGAGUUGAUUCGCUGCACCGCCUUGCAGCACCUCCCGGAGUUUCUCACCCAGCUGCACCAGCUUAUACUCCGUGAUACCUCCAUCCCCGCCCUCCCUCCAAUUUUUUUGCAGUUAAGUCCUGACUCCACUGGUCUAGCUGAAUAG